AUGGACAGUCCCGCUGUACUGCCGGAUAACACCAUCGCCAAGAGGGCACACUACUCUCCCCCAUGGGCCGAUGUCAGCAUUAUCGGAAUAGCAGGUAGCUCUGGCUCUGGCAAGUCUAGCAUCUCCGAUGCGAUUGUAAAGAAACUAAACCUGCCGUGGGUUGUCAUUCUAUCUAUCGACUCGUUUUAUAAGAGUCUUGAUGCCGAGUCCUCGAGGAAGGCUUUCCUCAACGAGUAUGAUUUCGAUUCGCCAGAGGCAUGUAUCAACCAGGACUGGCCCCAUGCGCUGGACUUUGAUGUCCUCGUGAAUAGGCUGAGAGAUCUCAAGGCAGGCAAGCGGGCUGAGAUCCCCGUUUAUUCUUUCGAAAAGCACGCCAGGCUUCCACAAACCACUUCUAUCUACUCGCCUCACGUUUUGAUCCUGGAAGGCAUCUUCGCCUUGUAUGAUCCCAGAGUUCUUGAACUAAUGGACAUGAAGUUUGACGAUGGUAGCUCAUCAAUUUCGUUGCAGGUGUACUGCGAAGAGGACCCAGACGUGUGUCUCUCACGACGCAUUAUACGUGAUGUUCGAGAACGUGGUCGGGACGUGGAGGGCGUGAUCAAGCAGUGGCUCGGCUUCGUGAAGCCCAACUACGAGAAGUUCGUUGAUCCACAGCGUAAGGUGGCUGAUAUCAUCGUACCUCGUGGUGUGGAAAACACGGUGGCAAUCAACAUGGUAACCCAGUACAUCGAACAAAAGCUCCUUGAGAAGUCCAAGCAGCACCGGGCAGCCCUCACCCAGCUUGAGCUCGAAUCACAGUCACAGCCUCUUUCAGAACGUAUUGUUUUCCUCGAGCCAACCACUCAACUUCGGGGAAUGAACACUAUCAUCCACGACAUCGAUACCUCGAGCGAAGACUUCAUCUUCUACUUUGACCGCUUGGCUACCCUCUUGGUUGAAUUGGCCUUGAACAAUGUCAAGUUUAGACGGAAAGAGAUCUCUACGCCCCAAGGAAAUGCUUACACUGGCCUCACCGCCUCAGGCGAAGUGUCUGCCGUCGUUCUCGAGCGUGGUGGCGCGGCGCUCGAGACCGGCCUGAAGCGCGUCAUUCCCGACUGCCGCACGGGACACCUCUUUAUCGAGUCCAACGUCCGGACUGGUGAGCCAGAGCUCCGCUACCACAAACUCCCUCCCGGUAUCGAGGACCACGAGUCGGUGCUGCUCCUCGACGCCCAGAUGUCGAGUGGCGGAUCUGCUCUUAUGGCUGUGCAGGUCCUUGUUGACUAUGGAGUGAGACCUGAUCGUAUCGUCUUUGCAACGUAUUCGGCCGGCAGGAUGGGUCUUCAUCGGCUGACGACGGUGUUUCCUGACUUGACAGUUGUGAAGUCUAUUGUCAAAGCUAUCAAGUCCACAGUCACCCACGACGUCAUUCCUUCCAGCGCCACACUCCUCAUUUGCCCGUAA